AUAAACGCUUCACUCCGUUCAUAUCGAUCUCCUCGGCCAAGAAGGAUCUUCACCCGAAACUGACCGCGAUGAACACGCGCGACCUCAUCUCCGGAAGCCUCGGCAGCGUGAAGCAACAGGUGCAGGCCAUGGCCUCCACCGUAUGCUCAGCUAGUCCAGCGGAUCUUCGCCAGAAGCUGGCCGAGAUGAGCAGGGCCGACCUCGUCGCCGGGCUAAGCCACGUCAAGGACCAGGCGGCGGCUGCGGUUUCCACGCGCGAAGGCGCCGUGAAAGCCUCGGUGCUGGUCAUCGGGAGCGCCGUGAGCAUCUACUUCCUCUGGCCCGCGGCCGUUGCCCCCGCCGCCACCGUCGUCAUGAUGAAGGCGCCAGGCGCCGCCGGCGUCCUCGUGUCCCGCGUGGCGUUCCUGGCCCACAAGCAGGUCUACUACAAAGUCCUCCGCACGGCCGGCGCUGCCGCUGCACUGGCGGUUCUGGCGUAGGGAACGGAAGCGACGUACGCAGGCAUGUGUGUAGCUACGUGUGUUCCGUUUGCGUUGCGUAUAGCCGGUUCUUGGCCCUGUGUGUUAAUUAAGUGUGUCGAUGUACUGCCUAGUAGUAUACUAGCAUUUGGGCGAGCGGGCAUGCAUUCAGGAUCUGUCAUCUAUACCAGGGACUGAUCUCUCCUACGCAUGGUCUGCAAUAAGCGCUGCCUGGCUAGUUUGUAUUUUCUCCUAUAAUUGUUUUGCUGCAAAGC